AUGUUCUCGGCUCAGAACAAGAUCAAGAAGGACAAGAAUGCUGCUCCAACAGAAUGUGAGGAGCAGGUUGCUCAGGCUCUGUUUGAUUUGGAGAACACCAACCAGGAGUUGAAGAGCGAGUUGAAAGAUCUUUACAUCAACCAAGCUGUUAACAUGGACUGGAAACCGCAAGGCUGUUGUGAUUUACGUCCCAUUCAGAUUGAGGAAAUCUUUCCGCAAGAUUCAUCCCCGUCUCGUUAG